GUGGAAAUAUAAACGAAAAAGAUAUAGCGUUAGUUUAAUGAGAUGCACUCGUUGUAGUGGUAAUGUGAGGUGACUCUCUGACUGUAGAGGUGUUAAUAAUGGCCGUAGCUCAGCUAAACGAGUUGGCGCAGAGACUACGCUUAGAGCUGAGAUAUGAGGACGUUGGAUCUGUUGGCCCUGAUCACAUUAAAACGUUUACUGUGAGAGCAGUCCUGAAUGGUAAGGUGUAUCCUGAUGGUGUGGGGAAGAACAAGAAGGAAGCCAAACUGAAUGCAGCUACAAAUGCCCUGAGUGUCCUGUUGGAGGAAACAGUUGACUCUACAGAAAAAACAACAGAAGCUUCUACAGCAGCAGCUCAUCAGACAGGUAUCACUCAAGCCAACUAUAUAUGUUGGCUCAAUGAACAUGGUCACAAGAACAGGGUGACUAUAAGGGCUGUGGAGUCAACGAGACUGGGAUCAAAUAGUGCUACUCAAUGCUGUAAAUUCGUGGUUGGUGAUAAGGAAUAUCCAGCUGCCACUGCGAAAACAAAGAAGGAAGCUAAGGAGGAAGCUGCCAAGCUUGUAUAUCAUGAGAUAUAUGGCAGUAAAACUACAGAGACCGGAGAGGAGAAAUCCAGCAGCACAGCAAGACAACAAAAAGAAGAAUUGAAUCAAAAUGUGUUGGACAUCUGUGAUAAAAUGAAGAGCUUGAAUGUGAUCACCAAAGACAAAGGUUUGACGGAGACAAAUUUCAUAGCAAUCGUUGACGACUACUGUCACAGAACAAAGCUCUCCCAUGACUACGUCUUGGAGCAAAGAAGCGGUCCAGAUCAUAGCCCUCAGUUCUCCUACAAAUUAGUGAUCAACAACAGGGACUACCCUUUGGGCGAGGGCAAGAACGUAAAGGAAGCCAAACAAAAUGCAGCUCGGAUGGCGUUGUCUGCUCUUCAAGAGCAGCCAGAUUGGGACAGCAAGUUGUCUCUUGGGUCAGCUGUGUCCGAUGAUGGUGCAUCAGCCAGGCUGUCCACGCCAGCAGGAACCCCGGAGUCAAAAUCUAAAAGAGUGUCAACGGGUGCAAGGGACUCGGCUGUUUUCACCAAUUCAUCAAAUCCUCCUGAGGAUCAGAUUAAAAGUCCUGAUGUGAAGCCCAAAAUAAGAAUUGCCGCAAAUUUCCCGAAUGCCUGCAGAAAUAGCAAAGAGGAUAUAAUGCCCAAUUUCAGUGGCAAGAAUCCAGGAAGUACUCCAAGUAAAAAAACAACAACCCAGUCGACGAGAUCAAGGUUUACAUCUGAAUUUGACUCCAUAGCGUGCCUCGGCAAAGGAACCUUUGGUUGUGUUUUCAAAGCAAAACAAAAACUGGUAAAGAAGUAUUAUGCUAUAAAGAUUGUCCGCUGCAAAGAGAUCAAAAAAGCUCUACGAGAGGUGAUGGCAUUAUCAGACCUCCAUCACGGCAAUAUUGUUCGAUACUACACAUGUUGGUUGGAGGAGUCUGGAUACCAAUGGGACAGUGCACAUGACAGUUCCGGCAGUUCACAGUUGACUGGCAAUUCAUCUGUAAAGUACCUGUAUAUUCAGAUGGAGCUGUGUAACACCAAAACGCUUAGAGUGUGGAUAGACGAGAAGAAUAUUCAGAAUGUGAAGAAAUCUCUGCGAGACUCCAAGAGACGAGAAGAAAGUCUGACUAUUGCCCAGCAAAUAGUCAGUGCGGUCGAGUACAUUCACUCCAAGAUGCUCAUCCACAGAGACCUGAAGCCUGCCAACAUCAUGUUUGGGCAAGAUGGGGAAGUGAAGAUCGGAGACUUUGGUCUGGUCACUGAGGAGAAUGACGACGCUGAGAACCUCUUGGAGAGAACGGUGUACAAAGGGACCCCAUAUUACAUGGCUCCGGAGCAAAGGAACAGGAGCAUUUAUGAUCGGAAAGUGGACAUAUUUGCUUUGGGGUUGAUAUACUUUGAACUCCUUUGGAACCUCUCUACCGGCCAAGAAAAGAAAGUGAUUUGGGAUGAUGCCAGAAACCAGAAAUUUCCUGAAAAAUUUCCACACAAUUUACAACUGGAGAACCAAAUCAUUAAGUCAAUGCUGUGUGCAAAUCCAGAGGACCGACCCGAAGCAAGUAAACUUAAGAAGGACUUGGAAGAGUGCUCUCGAACACUUACAAUGCUUAAAGAUACACAACGUGAAAGUAGGACUUACUGAUUAUAACAAGGGAAUACUUAAACAACAGGCAAAAGCAUGGGUCAUCACAAGCAUUACUUUUAAUUCAGCAUUAUAUUCCUUAAUACCUUUAUUUGCAAGAUCUUGAUUGCUAAGGGAAGCAUCUAUUUGACCAUUUUCAUGAACUGAGGUGAUAAAAUGUAUCAUAAUUAUAGUACUGAUGGGAAACGGCACAUAACCUUGUGCAUUUUAUUAUCAGAGGAUUGGGUUAUAAAUAUCAGAUAGAGGGUUUGUAUAUAUUUUAGAUUUUGUUCAUGUAAAAGCUAUUUGAGACCAAACAAUAUUUUCGCUGAAUAUUGAGAAUUGCAAAGCUUUUAUAGACAUUUCUAAGGGUACAGUAUCUUCAGAAAUGUAACUCCAAGAGCCACUGACAAAACCGAUCCAAACUCACAAGCAGGUCUCCUAUUUUUCAUUACUGACCCUUAAAAUUGGAAAAAGUGCAACAUAUGGACAUUUCCAUAAGUCUGACUAGAAAUACAGUAUUUUAUUAAUGUCUGCCAAAUUGUAAGGUAACAUCAUCAAAUUCAAGAUAUGGCAAGAAUUGCGAUGUGGACUCAUUCCUAGGACCAUGAAAAUUUAUGUGAAAAGUGCGCCUAUACAGUACCAGUCAAAAGUAUGGACACACCUUCUCAUUCAAUGGUUUUUCUUUAUUUAAAUGUUUUUCUACAUUGCAGAUUAAUAUUGAAGACUAUGAAGGAACACAUAUGGAAUUAUGUGGUAAACUAAAAAAGUGUUAAACAAACCAGAAUAUGUUUUAUAUUUUAGAUUCUUCAAAGUAGCCACCUUUUGCUUUGAUGACAGCUUUGCACACUCUUGGCAUUCUUUCAAUCAGCUUCACGAGGUAGUCACCUGGAAUGGUUUUCAAUUAACAGGUGUGCCUUGUCAAGAGUUAAUUUGUGGAAUUUCUUGCCUUCUUAAUGUGUUUGAGACCAUCAGUUGUGCAGAGGCAGGGUUCAUGCACAGUUCUAUACAGUGAAUAGGCCUAUUCGACUACAGUUCUAAUCCAUAUUAUGGCAAGAACCACUCAACUAAGUAAAGAGAAACGACAGUCCAUCAUUACUUUAAGACAGGAAGGUCAGUCAAUCCAGAAAAUUUCAAGAACUUUGAAUGUAUCCUCAAGUGCAGUCGCGAAAACCAUCAAACGCUAUGAUGAAACUGUCUCGUGAGGACUGCCCCAGGACAGGAAGACCAAGAGUUACCUCUGCUGCCGAGGAUAAAUUCAUUAGAGUUACCAGCCUCAGAAACCUCAGAUUAGAGCCCACAUAAAUGCUUCGCAGAGUUCAAGUAGCAGACACAUCUCAACAUCAACUGUUCAGAGGAGACUGCGUGAAUCAGGCCUUCAUGGUCGAAUUGCUGCAAAGAAGCCACUACUGAGGAAGAACAAGAAGAAGAAGAGACUUGCUUGGGCCAAGAAACACAAGGAAUGGACAUUAAACCAGUGGAAAUCUGUACUUUGGUCUGAUGAGUCCAAAUUUUAGAUUUUUGGUUCCACCUGCCAUGUCUUUGUAAGACGCAGAAAAGGUGAGCGGUUGGUUUCUACAUGUGUGGUUCCUACCGUGAAGCAUGGAGGAGGAGGUGUGAUGGUGUGGGGGUGCUUUGCUGGUGACACUGUUGGUGAUUUAUUCAAAAUUCAAGGCAUACUUAACCAGCAUGGCUACCACAGCAUUCUGCAGCGACAUGCCAUCCCAUCUGGUUUGCGCUUAGUGGGACCAGCAUUUGUAUUUCAACAGGACAAUGACCCCAAACACACCUCCAGGCUACGUAAGUGCUAUUUGACCAAGAAGGAGAGUGAUGGAGUGCUGCGUCAGAUGACCUGGCCUCCACAAUCACCCGACCUAAACCCAAUUGAGAUGGUCUGGGAUGAGUUGGACCGCAGAGUGAAGGCAAAGCAGCCAACAAGUGCUCAGCACCUCUGGGAACUCCUUCAAGACUGUUGGAAAACCAUUCCAGGUGACUACCUCAUGAAGCUGAUUGAAAGAAUGCCAAGAGAAAGCUGUCAUCAAAGCAAAAGGUGGCUACUUUGAAGAAUAUAAAAUAUAAAACAUAUUCUGGUUUGUUGAGCAUUUUUUUGUUUACCACAUAAUUCCAUAUGUGUUCCUUCAUAGUUUGGAUGUCUUCAAUAUUAAUCUACAAUGUAGAAAAAAAUAAAAAUAAAGACAAACCAUUGAAUGAGAAGGUAUGUCCAAACUUUUGACUGGUACUGUAUGUUGGCAUUUUGUAAAGUUACAAGUUCUCUCCAUGUUGUCUUCAUUACCAGCCGCAAAAGUGAAGCUGGUGUUGUUUUCAGCUUGUGAGUCUUAAUGUGAGUCAUCAUUGCAAAAUGUGGUCCAGUAGGACCUACAACAAAAGAGGCUUUGAGAACUUUACUGUGUGUUUACAUUUCUGUCUGUUGACAGGGUGUGGUCCGAGCAAGGGCUCAAGAAAUAGAGGGAUAGGAAGUCGGGGAGAGGCCAAAGGUCCUCCACACUCUAACGCCCCUGGCUGAAUUUGAUGUCAGGGCUGGUGUGAUCCCAUCGCAGGGGCUUAUUAUGCCCAGCUGACUACCCAUGAACAGCACUUAAAAUAAAAAGUACAUGUUCUCCCCAAUAACUUUGUGUAGGUAGCAUUAAUCUCCUCUUAACACUUGCCAUAUUAUUACAGCACCAUGUGUUUAAUGAGACAUUAACUGUUUAAUUUGUAACUUUACACACCAAAUGCCAACAUUUUCAAAAGAAAUUCAUGGUCCUAGGAGUAAGUCAACAUUGCAAUUUUGGCAUCUCAAAAAGGCAACAAAUUGCAACAUUGGGUUGUUAUACUUGCCAUAUAUUCGAUUCUGUUUUAAUGGAGCCCCUAAAAUUUGGUAUAACAUCAAUUGAAGACUGUAUUUCGUAUGGAAUCGUCAAUACGUAUAUACUUUGUGGCACUUUGUCCUUUUUCAAGGUCCAGUAAUGGAAAAUAUGACAUCUGCAUAUGCUUCUCAAUCAUUUGUAUCUCUUGUACAUGGUUUUGUCUGUGCAACUAUAUAUAUAUAUAUAUAUGUGUGUGU